CUGGGGGGGGGGUUAGCGUUGUGGAUAUAUAUACAUCAAAUUCUACAUGGCCUCUGCCAGGAUGUACCUUAUAACGAGAUUUAUUCUGAUCUCCCUGAUUUGGAAGAGCAGCCUGGCACUUUUAUGUCUGCCGUGUGAUGAGUCUAAAUGCGAGGAGCCAAAGCAUUGCUCUGGCGCGGUUGUGCUCGGUAUCUGCGGCUGCUGCUCGGUCUGCGCCAAGCAGAAAAACGAAAGCUGCGGUGGUGUCUACGGUCUGUAUGGGACGUGCGACCGCGGGCUGCGGUGCGUGAUCAGAUCGCCGCUAAACGGUGGAUCCAUCACGCAGUAUGAGGUCGGAGUCUGUGAAGAUGAAAACUGGGACGACGACCAACUGUUGGGAUUUGAGCCGUGCAAUGAGAACCUGAUCACGGGCUGCAACAUCAUCGACGGGAGGUGUGAGUGUGACAGCAUACGGACCUGCAACAACCCAUUUGAGUUCCCCAGCCAGGACGCAUGCCAGACCGCUCUGAGGAAGAUUGAAGAGGAGCGGCCUGACUGUUCCAUGGCGCGGUGUGAGGUGCAGUUCUCACCCCGCUGCCCUGAGGACGCGGUGCUAAUCGAAGGCUACGCACCCCCUGGAGAGUGCUGUCCCCUGCCCAGCCGCUGUGUCUGCAGCCCUGCAGGGUGCCUGAGGAAGGUGUGCCAGCCUGGAUACCUCAACAUCUUGGUAGCCAAGGGCUCUGGGAAGCCUGGAGAAUGCUGCGACCUGUACGAGUGCAAACCAGUGUUUAGUGUGGACUGCAGCACAGUGGAGUGCCCUCUUGUCCAGCAGGUUCAGUGUCCACCUGACAGUUAUGAGACCCAGGUGCGUCUCACCGCGGACGGCUGCUGCACCCUCCCCACCAGGUGUGAGUGUUUGCCUGGUCUGUGCAGUUUCCCGCAAUGCACCGUGGAGAGCUCCCGCCAGGUGGUCUCCCGCGGCGAUGGUACCCCCGGGCGAUGCUGUGAUGUGUACGAGUGUAUCAACGAGACGAAGCCGGCGUGCAGCUUCAACGGGUCAGAGUACCAUGACGGAGACAUGUUCCGAAUGGACGCCUGCCACUUCUGCCGCUGUCAGGGAGGGGUGUCGGUGUGCUUCACCGCCCAGUGUGGCAUCCUGCACUGUGAACGCUACUACAUCCCUGAAGGAGAGUGCUGUCCAGUCUGUGAAGACCCCAUCUACCCAGUGCUGAACUUCGCAGGUUGCUACGUGAAUGGGGAGAUCCUAGCACACGGAGACCACUGGCGUGAGGACGACUGUACGUUCUGCCAGUGUGUGAGUGGUGACUCCCGGUGUGUGGCCGCUGCUUGUGGGCACAGCUGCCUCAACCCAGUGACCGUACCCGGAGAGUGCUGUCCAGUGUGUGAGGAGCCCACCUACAUUACUAUGGCACCCCCUGCCUGUCAGUCACUAGAGAACUGCUCCCUGUCAGAGAAGCACUGCUUAUACGGCUUCCAACUGGACCUGAACGGCUGUCGCACCUGCCACUGCAAAACACGAGAAGAGCUGUGCAGUGCCCUGAUCUCUGUCUGUACCCUGAAGUGUCCCUUCGGCCUGCAGACAGAUGCCCACGGCUGUGACGCGUGUCAGUGUCGCCCUAGGCCCAAGAAGUGCAAGGCUGUGGUCUGUGACAAGGCCUGCCCCUUUGGAUUCAUAAAGAACAAGCAUGGUUGUGAUAUCUGUCGCUGUAAGAAGUGUCCAGAGUUACCUUGUGACAAAGCCUGUCCAAUGGGCUUCCAGCAGGACAAGCUGGGCUGUCUGAAGUGCCAGUGCAGAGACCAGAGCUCCUCGUCAGUGGCCCCGUUAGUGAAGAAGGGUUCCUGUCUGUCCAUGGAUGGAAGACGGCACGAGAACGAAGAGAACUGGCAUGAUGGCUGCCGGGAUUGCUACUGCCACAGCGGCAGGGAGAUGUGUGCCCUCAUCUCAUGCCCUGUGCCAUCCUGCGACAGCCCUGCCAUACGGUCCGGACAGUGCUGUCCAUCCUGCCCAGAGGAGCCCAGCUCCCACAAACCAGACCUGGGGGAUUCGUCAGUGUGUCUGGCCCCGGGGGGAGAAUACUUUGUGGAGGGGGAGACGUGGAACAUCGACGCCUGCACCCAGUGCACCUGUCACAGUGGGCGUGUCCUGUGUGAGACAGAGGUGUGCCCGCCCCUGCUCUGCCAGAGCCCAAUCAGAAAGCAAGACUCAUGCUGCCCCCACUGCCCAGACGAGCCCAUCACCCACCAUUCUCCCAGUAAUGACAGCUUACCCAGCUACUGCAGGAACAAGGAGGGGGACAUAUUCCUGGCAGCAGAGUCCUGGAAGCCCAACACCUGCUCCAGCUGUGUGUGUCUGGACGGUCAGAUCAGCUGCUUCUCAGAGUCCUGCCCGCCCGUUGGUUGUGCCAGGCCCGUGCUGCGCAAAGGACAGUGCUGCCCCUACUGCCUCGAUGCCACACCGAGAGCCGUGUGCCACUUCAAUGGGAAGACGUAUGCAGACGAGGAGCGCUGGGACAUAGACAGCUGUACACACUGCUACUGCCUUCAGGGACAGACCCUCUGCUCUACUGUCAGCUGCCCCAUCCUGCCAUGCCACCAACCCACCAUAGUGGAGGGCAGCUGCUGCCCUAUGUGUUCAGAGAUGUACGCACCAGCCCCCACCAACAUGCCCAUUCAGAAGACAGACCAGCACAGAGGUAGGAAGCAGCACCAGCCUGCCUGGCCCACCCGCAGUGAGAACGACAUCAUGCCCCAGUUCAAAGGGAACUUUGGUAGUCUCCAAAUGCCCUAUCUGGAUGGGAAGACCCCAGUUCCCAGAGAAGACACCACACUGCACUCUGUGGCAUGGGUGGCACUGCCCAUCAUCAUGAUGCUGUUCACCAUCACAGCUCUUCUCUUCAUUAACCAGAAGAAGCAGUGGAUCCCCGUGCUCUGCUAUCGCACGCCAACUAAGCCCACCUGCCUCAACAACCAGCUGGUGUAUGUGGACUGCCAGAAAGGCACCAAGGUGCAGGUGGACAGUUCGCAGCGCAUGCUCCGGAUCGCUGACCCUGACUCCAGGUACAGCGGUUACUACAGCAUGCAGAAACAAAACAACCUCAACAACCUGCAGGCUGACAAUUUCUACCAGACUCAGUGAGACAGAGAGACUGGCCUGGCCUCGCCUCGUGUCCAGUACUCAGCAGUCAGCAAGCAGCCAAAACGAGAGAGAGAGAGAGCGAAUUACCUACAGUACCGUCACAACAACUAUUACUUAACACAGACGGAUGGAAAAAUGAUACCAAACCUAUCAAUGACAAAAUAACUAGCAAACUAGCAAAGUUCACUAGCCAAGACAGAUAAAUGACAAUAAUAAUCUGCUCAAGAUGAAUAACGAAUCAAACAAAAUAUAAUGAUGAUGAUUUUAAACUACAGCUAACACAAUGGAAGAACCAGAAUCUAGACUUUUCCUAGAUUAUUAUUCAACUUGUUUUUGCCAGUGAGUGUUACACGUGUGUUUGGUGUGUGUGAUGGAGGCGUGCUUCUGUAUGUGGGUCUUUGUGAAUGUGUGUGUGUGUGUGUGUGUGUGUGUGUGUGUUUAAAGUUAGAUAUACAUCUUUGCGAUUAGGAAAAAGUGGGUAUUUUUCAAAGUAUGGUAUUUUCCUGCAUUCCUGCUUCCUUGAAAAAGGCCUUUGAAGAGAUAAACAGAAUAAUUCAAGCUAGUGUUUUCUGUUGAACACUGAACUUUUAGAACCAAAGCUCUGCUGACUGUAUGUCGUAUCAAAACACACCCUGUAAGAGAGAUGCUAGAGGAACACUGUGGCCAGUCUGAUCUGAGCCGUGGCAGGACGGACUGACGACUGCCAGACUCUAUGUGGCACUGAGCCGAAAGAGAGAGAAUGAGAGAAAGAAAGAGUUCAGAUACCGUAGACCCCGUCACAGACAGACCUCAGCUGAGCACCUCUCUCAGGUCUGUUCAAGCUGGACUAUUGCUCUCUUCUUGCCUUCCUCUUUCCUCCCCUUCUUUGAAAAUGUUGACAUUGGUUUGCUGUCUUGUUUUCCCCCUGUGGAACGUCACCUGUUGGAUAGAAGGUGGAAAGGAAGAAGAAGCUUCAUUCACUCCAUUUAUUUUCCUUUGAUAUUCUGCUCAACAUGUAUAAGUGUUAUUUUCCUGGUCACUUUCAAUUCUCCAUAAUCUUUUGGCUAAAUGUAUUUAACAACAAAAGGCAGGCUGACGCUGACUUUCACACACUCCAAACAAUGGUGUCUUUUAUUUGGAUAAAGAAUAAAUGUGUUCGGGUUGAUAAAGGCAGGAUGAAGCUGCCCACUGGGCACAUAUGUCUAUUCCACGUUGGUUCAAUGUAAUGUCAUUGAAAUGACGUGGCAGCAACGUUGAUUCAACCAGUGUGAUCCCAGUGGGUCGUGUAGUUCUUGAGGAUUAAGGAUUUGAGCAUAUGCUUUACAAGCUUUUCUGCUUUGUUUCUGUACGUCCUGUUUUACAUGGAGUUGCACACACACAGGGAGACUAUUUAGCUCCUUUAGGAAACACUGAGGAUACAAGAAAACAUAGAAUCAAAGAAUAUGUUCAAAUGUGUUUUCUCUCGGGAUUCUCUGAGGACGAGCUAUAUUAAAGUAGCUCUGAUGUUUUUCUCCUUUUGUCUCCUCUUCUCGAUAUUACCCAAGCACCUUUGUCUUCAUUUAUUCGUUGCAAAACAUUAUACAGUUGGAACACGUAUGUACAUAUUACUGCUGAAGAUGAAAAAUACAUGGAAUAUUGUGUGACUAUAUACAGUAUGUAUGUGUCUAUGUGUAUGUUGUUUAUUCAUAUAUGUACAUGUGUCACACAUGCAUGCACACAUACUUUUUUCUUCACAUGUACAUUUCUCAAUUAAUUUCCUAUUGAAUGUAUUUAUGAUUGAGAAACAGAUUUGAUCUAAUAAUAGAAAACAUGAUGAGAACAAACAUUUGCAUUGCUUUUUUGAAAAGAGGAGUGAUAGAGACAGGACAGAAAAAACACAAACAUCUUAUUCAAUCUGUUUUUCCCUAAUUUAUUUGAUGUAAUUUUAAUUAUUUUUUGGGAGAAAAAAAAGAAUAGUCUAUGAGGACUUUGUUUGAUUGGUCUGUGAGUUCCCUAUCUAUUUGAGUCAAUCAGUUUCCCUGAAUGAAGCAAUGUCCAAAAUGCCAACCAUAUAUAGACAAGUGAGUUCUGAGCUGAGCAGUACCAGGCUCUCUCAAUCUGUUAUUCUUCUCUUUCAUUUGUCGUUUCUGAAGUCAAACUAUUGAAAAGUGGGUGGACAUAAGCUCUGGGAGAGAGGGUGGGAUGGAGAAAGGUAGGGGUAGUAGUUGACUUUUAUAGUUUGUCUUCGGUGUAUCUUAGCCUGUCUGACAAACAUUUAAGUAGAAUCAUACAUCUUAGCACUUUUAUAUCGAAAAUAACCUUUUUUGGUUCGUUUUUUUUAAACAUACCUUUCAUUGAAAGAGUUGCCCUUAGUUUUUUUCUGAGCCCUGUCAGACCCAGUGUUACAGUUAGGUUCCAGUUGUUUCUGAAUAUUUGAUCUACAAAACCUAAAUUAACUUAGAACUCUCACGGUCAUUGUAUGCAGACACUGCAUUUCUGUUUAUAGGUGAGGAUUUCUGGCAAGAACAAGAGGGGUAAAUAUUUACCUUUCAAAACAUGAAUUGCAGCUGAAGCUCUGUUUUCUCCUAACCUAUAUGUAUUCUCCAGACAUAGGAAAAACAUACUCAAAUCUACUAUAUAACCGACAUGUACUGUAUGUAAAUGCUUUUUCAAUGAAAGUUGAUUGGUUUGAUUCUCCAGCCAUUAUAUACAGGUCUGUCUAUCAUCUGAACACAAACCACAGGCAAACCUCUCUUAAAUACACAAUCCACAUAAUUUCCAAUCGGUGAAGUGAUGGAUCAUAAUAAUUGAUUUGAUUAAGGACCAUAAGUUCUAUUACACUCGCAUCACAUUGACUGCCUGGGUUCAUAUGUGACUUGGCUCUAUGUUGCAGGAUGUGGUGCUACAUCCCCUACAGUAUGGUUGAGUAACGUCAUACAGGAAUGCAUCUUAUUCACAAUGGGUCUUACAGGGUGAAAUCGUUGUAUCUUUCAGUGCAUCCUCCAAGUAUUGUUGUAAAUACUUGAGUAUCACUUGCCAAAAUAAAAAAAAUUAAACAUUGUUGGAAAAGAAAGAGAGAGGGAAACAAAUUAGAUUUAAUUUAUUGUGUUAAAUUACCUAAAUAAUUUAUUAAUGAGCAAGAUAAUUGAACAUGAACAUAAUAGGCCUUAAGCGAUGAUGCAGCUGAAAUUGUGAAACUAUUUUAGUGUUGUGUCAGUCUCUCGAAGAGCAUGUAAAUAAGGUUGUACUUUAGGUAGGUGGAGAAGUUGGAGGUUCACAAGCUUUCACAUCUUUUCAGGGUUUUUGAUCACAUGGACCUGAUUUAGCCAAAUCCCAGAUCUGUUUGUGCUGUCUUGCCAACUCCUAUGGUCAUUGUCCCGCAGUUUACUGUAACACAAUGUGACAAAGAACAUAGGAGUUGGAUAGCUAGACAACACAAAUUCAUUUGAUCAGGCUACAUCUGCCUUGUCCAAGAAGCACAAAAGCCUGACACCCUGAUGAGCAUUUUCCUCUGUUCCAAUAAAGAUAGCCUAUUGAGAGGGAAAUAUCUCUCUGUCCCCAUUCUUUCCUGUUAACCAUUUUAUUUACACAACUGCCAAUCCCCUUUAGAGUCUGAAUAUUUCUGGUGUUUCAUGCUUAUGUAAAAAUAAAACAAAUAUGUUGAUAUUGAUAAUGAUGAUAUUGCAAAAACCAGAUUUAUUAAGAGGAUAGAUGAAUAUUUGACUGAAUUUCCCGUAGCACAGCAGAUUAUCUUUUGCAAGUUCUUGUAUUCUUAUUUUUUGUUUCUUUGCAGCACAAUAAAUCAUUUGAAAACA